AUGCCCCCAGCCCCAACUACCUUCGCUCUCUUCCUCGUCUCCCUGCUCGUGUGUAUACUCGCUUCUCUCCCAGUCACGUCGGCGCAGGACGCCGCGCCCGCCGCCUCGUCGUCGCCAUAUCCCACGCCCUCUCCCCCUCCUGCUCCUCCUCCCACGCCCUCUCCUCCUCCUCCAACGCUCCCCGGCUCAAUCUCGUUCCCAGAGCCAGUGCCCUACCCGACCCCGCCUGUCCCGAGCACCGCGAACACCUCAUCGCUCAUCACCACAGUCGGCGACAGCCUCCCCGCCAACGUCACGGCGUCGCGCAACUCCACAGCCAGCGCCUGUGCCAACGCAACCACCACCACCACGUUCCACCCCCUCGUACCGACGCCCCCAAGCACCAUGCCCGACGUGCGCAACGCGACCGUCUUGCCCAACUGGGUGCCCAACUCGACCGUGCUGCCCCCUCCCACUUCGAGCAGCAGCCUGCCCCCAGACCCGAGCUCCGCGCCGCCCAUCGUCCCGGCCACUACUGAUCCCGUGGCCUUUGCCUACCCGAACGCGAGGACGCUCGAACGCCGGCACGCGCACGUCACCCUCUCGCGGCCGCUAGACGUGGCCGCAGACCUGUACCUCGCGAACCUUAACCACACGGACACGUCGCGGCCGUACCUCUGUCUCCUGGCCGCCGCUGUGCCACCCGGCACCUUGCGCGUGCGCUUCCGCACAAGAGGCAUCGCCAACCUCCCCUCUGGGGGAGGAUACGUCGUGUUCUUUGCUGACGCGGCCGCCGCCGCGGGCUUCGAGGGUGGGUACCGACUGGCUCGACACGAGGCCAUGCUGAUGCCGACCGACGCAGAGGUGCUGGUCACGUCCGACCCCUUUAUCGUCCUCGGGCGCGGGGACUCGGGCGCGCACGCGCGCAUCAUCAGCACGCGCGCAGGGCGUAGUGUCGCUGCUGCUGCCGGUUUCGGGAUUGCGCUGCUGACCACGAUACUGUUGUAG